CGGCUCCUGCAGCGAGUCGACAAGUCCCACGGCACAUACAACGUCCACCACCGGCAGUGGCGGCUGCUCAAGACCAUCUACAGCCUCCGGCGGUACCGCGAGAUGAACAAGGCCGAGGUGAAGCGGUGGCGCGACCUGUACCAGCAGGUGUCCGAAGAGCAGAAAUCGGUCCUCGAGGUACAGCGACAAGCUGAACCGGAUCGAGCACCUGAUCGACCGCAACGGGGCGGUGUGCGACGCGAUCGCGGACACGGCGACAGCGUACUAGGGGCUGGCGGCGGACGAGGUGGCGGCGUUCGCGCGCGCCGAGGACGCCGCGGGCCGCGGGCUGGACCGCGUCAGCGUGUCGCAGGCGCUCAAGCACUACGUGCGGGACUGGGCGGAGGAGGGCGCGGCGGAGCGGAGCGCGGCGUUCCCGUGCGUGCUGGGCGCGCUGGAGCAGCUGUUCCCGAGGCGCUGCGACGGCGGCGGCGCGCAGUUCGACCUGCACCCCUUCGUCGACGGGCUGUCGCUCCACGCGACGACGGCGGACCUGCUGCGCGGCGUGCGCGUGCCCUCGUUCCUCGACGCCGAGCGCGUGCUCCUCGCCGAGGGCGACUUCACCACCGCCUUCGCCAACCCGGCGCACGCCGCGCGCUACGACGCCGUCGUCACGCACUUCUUCAUCGACACGGCGCGCAACCUGGCCGCCUACCUCGACACGAUCCGCCGGCUGCUGCGGCCGGGCCCGGGCGGCGGCCGCUGGGUCAACUUCGGCCCGCUGCUGUGCGGCGCGGCGCCCUUCGUCCAGCUCUCGCUCGACGAGGUCGUGCGCGUCGCCGAGGCCGUGGGCUUCGAGUUCGAGCCCCUCGGCCCCCCCGCCGACGAGAGCAACGUCUGCGGCUCGCUGACGUUCCCCGGCGCCGAGGGCGGCCUCGGCAUGGUCAGGGGCAGGGACGCGGCGUACGGGUUCGACGCGCGCGAGCUGCGGCGCAAUGCGUACAUCGCGCAGGCGUGGGUUGCGAGGAGAGUGAGAUAGGGGGUCGGCAGAUAAUGUACCUAGCUGUGCGAGGAAGAUUUGAUAUUGACACGGCUCAAACAGCUGCCCCUGUUGCACACAGUCACCCUCAAACCGAAAAGAGCGCGUGCCUCGCGCCUCUUGAGCCGGUAGGUGAGGACAAGAAUGGCAAAAGGAAUGGGCGUGGACUGAUUAGGCCACAUUAUCGCGGAACCCGACAUCGCGUCUUGGCGUGUCCGGAGACGAAUACUAUGAGCAGCACGACGCUGCUUAGGUUUCUAGCAAGUCCCGCGCAUUACUCAUUAACCCAGCGGCUUGUUGUAUCAUCUAACCCUUCCUCUCGUCCUGGUAGUAGAUGGAUAAACACCUAGGCUACUUUAGUAACGCAGGUGUUUAUACAUGCUUAUUGAUAAGCCGUUGUGCCUUGUUCGGAUACAAGAUCCCUAUCUUUACGUUGGUAGUAUCGGCUUCUCAGUUCUGGAUCCUCUAGUCGUAGAUCGGCAGUGGUGCUAGGUCUGUCUAUUAUACGCGUGAGGUAGGACGAUUCCAAGCCUGGCCAUCC